GCCAAUAAAUUUACAUUCCUCUCCGUGACUUUUGGCCAGGUGUCUGCUGUUCACAUUGUUUUGGGAGAGCUGGAACCUGGGAGCCCUGUUACGUGGACUGGACCUGGAUUUGCCAGGGUUCUCCCUGGGGCUGGCUUGAGAUUUGCUGUCAACAACAUUCCUUUUCCUAUGGAUUUCACCAUUGUUGUUCGCUAUGAAACUCAGACUGCAGCCGACUGGACUGUCCGGAUUGUGGUGAACCCCCCUGCCGUGAAUGACCAUUGCAUUCACAGGACUCCACAACUAACACCUCUGGCAUUUACCUUGCCAGCAGCUUCCAGACUCGCACUACUUCCCACACCCAUCUGUUUAGGACCAGAUGUGCAAUAUUCCAUAGAUCUCUAUUUUUCUCAGCCUUUGGAAGGAGAGUCUCAUGCUCAUUCUUAUAUCCAGGUUGAUUCUCUUGGCCUUGUUCCCCAUGUCAAUUCCCUGGAGGAUUUCUGCAGCAAGCAGGACAUGGAGGAGUACCAGAUGCAUGGCUGUGCUGAGAUGGCCUGGGAAGUGGAAGCUCGAGUGCUCCCUGAGGCAUGUGAGAGGCUCGUGGUCAGCUUAUCUGCCCAGAUGCACGAUGGGGCAGUGGCCUGCAAGUGUCACCCCCAGGGUGCAGUCGGGACCAACUGUAGCCGACUUGGAGGCCAGUGCCAAUGUAAACCUCUCGUGGCUGGGCGCUGCUGUGACAGGUGCUCCACUGGAAGCUACAGUUUGGGGCAUCAUGGCUGUCACCCAUGUCACUGCCACCCGGAAGGUUCCAAGAGCACAGUUUGUGACCAAGUGACCGGCCAAUGUGCCUGCCAUGGAGAGGUCACUGGCCGCCGUUGUGAUCGGUGCCUGGACGGAUACUUUGGAUUUCCCAGCUGCCAUCCUUGCUCUUGUCAUGGGUUUGCUGAACUCUGUGAUCCAGACACAGGGUCAUGCUUCAAUUGUGGAGGCUUUACAACAGGAAAACAUUGUGAGAGGUGCAUCGAUGGUUACUAUGGAAAUCCUACUUCAGGACAAUCCUGUCGUCCUUGUCUGUGUCCAGAUGGUCCCUCAAGUGAUCAGUAUUUUGCCCAAUCCUGUUCUCAGAGUCCUUGGACCUCAGAUAUCACCUGCAACUGUCUCCAAGGUUAUUCAGGGACUCAGUGUGAAGAAUGUGCUCCUGGCUUCUUUGGCAACCCAAGAGUUUCUGGAGAGCCUUGCCGGCCAUGUGCCUGCAACAACAACAUAGAUGUAACUGAUCCUGAGUCCUGCAGCCGGGUCACCGGGGAGUGCCUCCGAUGUUUGCACAACACUUGGGGCCCGCACUGCCAGCUCUGCCAACCGGGGCAUUUUGGAUCAGCUCUCAAUCAGACCUGCAAAAGGUGCUCCUGUCAUCCAUCUGGAGUGAAUCCCCUUGCGUGUCCCCCUGAUGCGGGAGUGUGCCUCUGUGACCCUGUCACUGGUGUGUGCCCUUGCCUGCCCCACGUCACAGGCCUGGCCUGUGACAGUUGUGCUGAUGGAUACUGGAAUCUAGUUCCUGGCAGAGGAUGCCAGCCUUGCAACUGUGACCCCCAGGGCUCUCAGAGUAGCCGCUGUGACCAGCUUACAGGCCAGUGUCCGUGCAAACUGGGCCAUGGUGGGAAACGCUGCAGUGAGUGCAAGGAAAAUUACUACAGUGACCCAUCCAGACAAUGCAUCCCAUGCAAGUGCAACAGUGAAGGAAGCCGGAUGCCGCUGUGUGACCCAGACACAGGCAUGUGCCACUGCCGGGAGGGUGUUAGCGGCCAGCAAUGUGACCGCUGUGCCCGGGGUCACAACCAGGAAUUCCCUGCUUGUCUUCCAUGUCACUUCUGCUUUGAUCAAUGGGACCACACCAUUUCUUCCCUCUCCAAAGCAGUGCAAGGGUUAAUUGCUAACAUGGAAGAUAAAAGAGAGACCCUGACUGACUGUGAGGUAGACUUCCAAAACCUCAGAGAGAAUGUAUCUGCAAUCAAGAGGCUUUUGAAACAGCCUCUUCACUCACCUGGAGAAUUCUUAAAAGUCAAAGACUAUCAUGACUCUGUGAGGAAACAAUUCAUGCAGCUAAGUGAACAACUGAAAACAGUCUAUGAAUUUAAAGAUCUAAAGGAAACAAUAGAAAGAAUGGAGAAUGAAACAGACAUUUUACUUGAAAACCUUCAGGAGGAAGUUGAUUUGCAAUCCAGCAUCCUUAAUGCAAACAUUAUAGAUUCCUCAGAAAACAUCACAAAGUAUUAUCACAUAUCAGAAUCUGCUGAAAAGAAAACUAAUGAAACCAGUUCCAUCAUAAAUAACUCUGAGAAUACCAGGAACAACUUACGUACCAUUUUAGAUACAGUCACUUCUAAAGAAGACUUGUUACUGAAAAAAUUAGAGCAGAUUAAGGUACCAGAUAUCCAGAAACUCAAUGAAAAGGUAUGUGGAGAACAAGGGAGCUUGCCUUGUAAUCUGUCAUCCUGUGGGGGCUCUGUCUGUACAGGCCCUGAGGGGCUCCAGCAGUGUGAUGGUCCCGGCUGCCAAGGCCUUCUGACCCUCUCAAGGAACAUUCUUCAGAAAACCCAGGAAGCAGAGGCUGUGAUCCACCAUUUGGAGAACCAGACUCAAGGGUUGACGAAUCAGAUUAAAAACAUAAGUGAACUGGCAGAAGUCUCUGGAAACAAUGCCAUACGGCUGAGUUUGAAACUAGAAAAUAUGAAAAACCAAAGGGAAUCUGAGGAAAAAAAACUGAACUUCUUAAUCAAAAAAGCGAAAAAGAUUUUGUUAGAGGAAAAUGUGCCUCCAGAAGAUAUAGAAAAAGUUGCAAAUCGUGUACUUAACAUCCACCUUCCAAUAACAUCACAAAAUCUAACCCAUGAACUUGACGAAAUACAGACAUUUGUACAACUCUGUGAGGACUACAAGAUAGAUGUGAACAGGCUAAAUAAGGCAGCAGAUGGAGCCCAACAACUUUUGGUGAAGGCCACAGCAGCUGAGAAAGCAGCAGAUGGUCUAUUAAACCUUGACAAAACAUUGAACAAGAUGCAACAAGCUCAAAUCACCCAAAGACAAACUAACACUUCUAUCACACAGUUGACUGUUGAGAUAACAAAAAUAAAAAAGAAUGUACUGCAGGCAGAAAAUCAAGCAAAAGAAAUAAAGAACAAGCUGAAUUUCACAAAGCAACAGCUGGAGCUGGAGGAUGAACUGACCCUGCUGCAGACCAAGUGGCAAAGGAGCCAAGACCUAAUGGGCAGAGCGAAAUCCCAGGCUGACUCCGCUCUUCACCAGGCUGGGAGAGCUGAGAAGGAAUUUGUUGAGCUGGAAAAUCAGUAUGCUAUUCUUCAGCAUGAGACAAGGGCCAGAGGACUAACAAUGGAAACUUGGGGGAAAGUCAUUCAGCUAAAAGAAGCAGCAGUGAAACUAGCUGAAGAAACAGAGGACAAGAUAACAAGGAUUGCUGAGUUAGAAAAGAAGAUCCAAGAUUUGAAUCUAAGUAGACAAGAAAAAGCUGAUCAACUGAAACAAUUGGAAGAUCAAGUUGUUGCCAUCAAAAAUGAAAUUGUUGAGCGAGAAAAGAAAUAUGCCAUCUGCUAUAAUUAGUGUCCAAGCAAAAGCUUGUGCCUGGGUUUCUGGCUGCUGCUGUCCAAAUCCAGACUGAACUUACAAUAUACUAAGGUCAGAGUCUUCUCCUUCCUUACCCCAUUUCUUCACUGCAAGUCUAUUCCAGGUGGCUGGAGGGAGAACUGGGCCAGAGAAAUAGCAUUUCCAUGUAAUUUUAUAUCAGACUGGGGGAAUGAAAUAUUGUUUCUGUUCUUCCAUGCGAUUGUUUCUAACACAGUUAUAAGAUUAUUUCUUUGUUGCUUUGUA